AUGACCCCCGACGCAACCAACAUCUUCCUCGUCACCCUCGGCAUCCUCCUCGUCCUGCUCAUGAGCGCAGCCGGGCCCGAGAUCCGCCUCCAUCACCACUUUCCCAAUCUCAACGUCAAACUCCUCGUCCUAGCCAGCGGCCUCGUCCUGAUCAUGGGGGGGAUGGUGCGGGAGCCGCACCCCAAUCCACUCCCAUCGCCCUCCUCGCCGCCGGGGCUAAGAGCUACCACCACCACCACUCCUACGACUACCACAUCGUCGUCGUCGUCGGGGAGAUUAUCGCGAACGACAGAACUCCCCUGGACGGCGUGUGUGAAUCAGGCCAACGGGGCCAUCUCGUCGUGCGUGGUGGUGCCGCGGGAGAGCGCGGUGUAUUAUCCGCUUCCGGCGCGGCUGCUGCUGCGGCGUGAGGAGGAGGAGGGCGGUGGGGGUGGAGCGGAGGGAGGAGACGGUGAGGGUGACGAUGCAUAG